GUGAGGUUGGAAAGAAGUGAUGCUGGUGGGGGGGUCCUCAGCGCAGAGCAAGCGCGGUGAACGCGCGGCGAGCGGGAGCGCGCGUAUAGGAAGAAGGGGAAGGGAAGGAAGGAGCUGUGAGCAGAUCAGUCGCCAGCGGAGCCCAAGACGGUGGAUGAACGGAGCCGAGCGUGUGUGUCGCCCUUGUCGUUUUUUACAGCAGCUGAAAGCAGCGUCCGGCAGCCCGAAACACUGCCCGAAAAUGAUGCUCAAACUCGUCCAUCUCCUCGGGGUGCUCGUCUGCGGCAGCCAAGCCGCACUGCAGGUGUCCAUAUCCUUGAACAAAGUGGAGUUAAGUGUCGGCGAGUCCAAGUUCUUCAUCUGCACAGCAAUUGGCGAGCCAGUGAGGCUGGAGUGGUACAACCCUCAGGGCGAGCGCAUCGUGCCCUCCAAGCGGAUGGCGCUCCACACGGAGACGUCACGAUCCAGGCUCAUCAUUUACAACGCCAUCAUCGAGGACGCGGGUAUCUACCGCUGCCAGGCCACCGACGCCAGCGGUCACACCGAGGAGGCCUCCGUGGUGCUGGAGAUCUACCAGAGGCUGACGUUUCGGGAUGUUCAGUCACCGCAGGAGUUCCGCCACGGUGAGACGGCGGAGGUGGUCUGUGAUGUCAUUAGCUCGCCGGUGCCCGUGGUGGUGUGGUACUACCAGGACAAAGAGAUCACUGAGGAACAUCACAGCAGGUUCCAGGUGCUGCCAAACAACAACCUGCAGGUCCACCAGGUGACCAAGGCCGACGAGGGCGUGUACCGAUGCGAGGCCAGCGUCGAGGCUCGGGGAGAGAUCGACUUUGUAGACAUUGCGGUGGUGGUCAACGUCCCUCCGGUGCUGUCAGUGUUCCAGCGGUCCUUCAAUGCUACAGCUGACUACCAGGAGUCAGUCACCUUCACUUGCAUGACGUCUGGGUCUCCUGACCCUGUGGUCACAUGGCACAGGAAAGGGCAGCAGCUGGAGCCGUCUGAGCAGUAUAUUAUCAGCCGGGUGGAUGGAGGGCGGAGCAUGUUAACCAUCCGCAAUAUCCGACAGGGCGACGGGGGCACCUACACUUGCAAGGCCACCAACAAGGCGGGAUCUCAGGAAAGGGAGAUCUUCCUCAAAGUUUUUGUCCAGCCUCAUAUCACCCAGCUGAAAAACGUGACAGCCGUGGAGGGCAGCGCCGCCAUGAUCUCCUGCGUGGCUGAGGGCGAGCCUCUGCCCGACAUUUCCUGGAGGAGAGCCAGCGACGGUCAUACCUUCGUGGACGGAGACAAGACUCAGGACGGACGCUUUGAAGUCCGUGGCCGUCACGGCAAGUCGGUGUUGACCAUCAGCGGAGUGAUGCUCACAGACUUGGGUCGAUUUGACUGCGAAGCGUUGAGCCGGAUCGGAGGUCAUCAGAAGAGCAUGUUCCUGGAUAUUGAGUAUAUACCAAAGUUCCUGACCAACCACACCAUCUAUUACUCAUGGGAGGGGAACCCAGUGAACAUCAGCUGUGAUGUGAUGUCCAACCCUCCUGCCACCAUGCUGUGGAGGAGAGAGCGAUUCACCAUCUCUGCAGAGGGAACUGCCAACACGCGGGUACACAGUGCAGACGGCAAGUCUGUGCUGGAGGUGACUCCGAUGUCCGACAGGGACUUUGGCCGCUACAACUGCACGGCCAGGAACAACAUUGGAGUUCGAUACCAAGAGUUCAUUCUCGCCCAGGCAGAUGUACCAUCAAAUCCAUACUCAGUGCGUCUGUCAGCUGUUUCCCAGCGCCUAGCAACCGUCACCUUCAUGAAGCCCGACUCUCACGGCGGCGUCCCCAUCAGCUUCUACCUGGUCCAGUACAAGGAGGUCGGCUCACAGGACUGGAGGGACGUCAAGUCACACAGCAUCCAGACGACGGUGGUGCUGACGGGGCUGGAGCCCAACACGACAUACGAGGUUCGAGUGGCAGCUGUCAACGGAAAGGGUCAAGGAGAGUUCAGCCACACGGAGAGCUUCCAGACUUUACCCAUCCGAGAGCCGAGUCCGCCGGCGGUCCACGGGCAGAGAGGAAUGGGCAAGGCCUACAGGCUGGGGCUGGUCAAGCAGGACGAUGGAGGGAUGCCCAUCGUGGAGUACAUAGUCAAGUACAAGACUGAUAAAGAGGAGCAGUGGAUGACCAAGCUGGUCCCGGGAGCGAAUGAUUUUGCCAUGCUGCAGCCGCUGCAGUGGAACACAAGAUAUGAAGUGGAAAUCACAGCGCGCAACGUCAAGGGCCUCUCGGAGCCAACCUUCUAUCAGUUCUUCAUGCCACAGAAACCUGACAUUACAGCAGAAUCCCUGUUCAGCGGCAUGGGCCUGGGGACGGUGGUGGGCCUGGGCCUGGGAGCGCUGCUGCUGCUCCUCGUGCUGGUGGACGUCAGCUGCUUCUUCCUGCGUCACUGCGGCCUGCUGAUGUGCAUCACGCGCACCCUGUGCAGCAAGAAAACAGCCACCAGCGGCAAGGGCAAAGAGAUAGAAGAGGGCAAGGCUGCCUACCUGAAACUACCACUGAAGGAAGAAAAUGGAAAAGAGUCUCUCAAGCCGGAUACGAUUGAAAUCAAAGUGCACAGUGACAACAGCAUCCACACAAAGCCCGACGACAGCAAAGCGUAAAAGGGUCGGUCCCCUCGCUACCAAAAGAACAUUCGGAUCACGAGACCAAAACCCAGAGCAACUACAACGCUGGAAAAUAGUGGAGUAAAAUACCAUAUCUGUUUAUAACAAUGCCCCAGUGACAGGCAUGUGUAAAUACAAAUAAUAGGGAGAAAAUAGAGAGAAAGGGUCGAUCUUUUAGACACCCUGAGUGAUAAAUGUAUCAUGUUCUUAAAAACAUGGCAUCAGUGGAAGGCUCAACGAUUGUAUUUUUUUUUUGUCCCAUUUUUUCCACCAUUUUUUUAUUUCCCAUAGACUCUCAUGCAGUUAAAUGGUGAUAAAUCAGCCCCCAUUAUGACUCCUUACACAAAGACAGGCAAAGCUCCUAUGCUAGUGUGCCCUUAAGCUCACACCGCUAAUGCUCUUUCCUUUGUCAGAGCAAAACGCAUGGGCCUUCACCGCAGGAUAUCACAAUUAUUUGAACCCAAUCGAGUGUUUCCAUGCCUGAGUGUUAAACUACUGCAACCUUUUUAUGCCUUUAAUAGUCGAGCUAGGUGUCGAGGCUAACGCGAGGCAUGGCGUUUUAAUCUAGCUGAGGUCUUAAUGAGAUUUUGAGGUUUUAUUGCUUCAGGAAAACGUGACGACAGGUUCUUAUUAAAGGCAUUCAUUCCAAGGUGAAAAAUUCGGACUUAAUAUUUGACGACUAAUGCUUUCUGAAGGGCUAUUGUGGAUCAUAGUUUGUGUUGCAGGAAAACAAACUUUUAAAAGAAUCAAAAACUUAAGGAAUGUGUUGCAAUCUAUACAGCAUUAAACCACACAUGUGCAUUGUUAGCAAGGCCUUUUAUAUUGUUGACACUCUUCAAUCGUCUCUAACAAUGUGUGCAUACGUAUGUUUUAUUCAUCUUUGUUCAAACUGCACUGUAAGCCAUUUUGGUAUGCAGCUUGAGUAAUGAAAAAAUGAUGUGUUGAAAGGCCACAAAUGCCCUGAACAGUGUCAUGUAAUUGUUGCUAUGUGAAUGGUAGGACCCAAGGCAUGGGAACAAACAAUAUGCUGACGAGAAAUAAAUCAACAUGUGAGUUAUGUAUGUUUUUAAUGAUAAACAUUGGUUUCUUUAUUGUCUCUGAUCUGCCUCAGAUGCUAUUUUUUCUUUUUUGUUUCCUGGUCUGAUCGCUAUUCUCUCUGAUGUUGUCAUGUGUUGUACAUAGGUGGAAAAAAAAAGAAUAUUUUACAGAGCUUUUAUGUAAAUAUACCCUAAAGGAUGUGUCUUUUUUCAAAAGGCAACAGGCUUGGCUUUUUCUUGUGAACGCUCCUCAAAUGAAAAAAACUUUUUUUUUUCUGUUCUGUUUUUUCUUUUCUUCUUCUGUUGUGUUUUGGUCCAAAGUUCAGUGAUGGUGUAAUAUUGUUUUUUCAAGUCAUUUGCUUUCCCUUAAGAAAAAUCCAUGCCCUAAGGCUAUUUCACGGUAUUUCAAUGGAGACAGUAAUUACGGCAUUAGUGUGCCUUCUCCUUUUUCUUUUUCUCCCCCCCUCGUGGCCCAAUGCCGCUGCAGCAGUGUAGACCUUCAAGUGAAUUUUUGAUCGUGCUGCUUUUUUGCAACAGAAUGUGUCAGAAGAUUGAAUUUAAUUGUGGUGCUGUGAAUUCUGGGAAACGUAGUCUUAGGAUUGUGGGUCGUUGUCGACAACACUGGACAGAAAAACUGACGUGUAGAACUACCUAGUGCGACUAGAUGUCAGGUUUAUGCUGUAACUCAUCAUAAAGUACAGUGACGGGCUGCAGAAAUCUGGUUUUAACGCCAUGUGUGUGUGUGUGUGUGUGUGUGUGUGCAUACAUGCAUGAGUGAGUGAAUACACUGAAUCAGGUUGCAUGUAUGUGUGUUGAAUGUAUCUGCACGUAUUGUAAGUUAAGCCGUUUGUGUGUGCCCAUUUAGAUUUUUCACAAUAAAAGUCUCCUGAUUUAAAAAAAAAAAAAAUCAAUUAAAGAGCAAAACUUCAGGCUUUUAUUUUGUUUUAAUUUAUUGGUUAUUUUAUUUUAUCUAUUUAUAUUUGACGGAAGUGUAUUAUUGAGUACACUUUUCAGCUCCAUGAUGCAGCUCGGGCGAGUCAUAUACAGUAGAAUAUGAUGACCACGUGCCAAGUAUGAAUGUCCGAGUGCUGUGAGUGUGUUCCUCUUUGAGUUGGCGAGCGCUCUCACUCUGAGUGCGCUCUGAUAGGUAGACCUGAUUAUGUAGUUCUCGACAGUGAUUAAUUCCCCAGGCUGCAGCACUCCACGCAUGGGUCUGCAAGCCCCCUCCCUCCCCUGUAGCCGCCGCCCCCUCGCCACUAUUCACUCUCAGACUCCAUUGGUUUUUAUCUCAGACCUCAUAGUGCUGGCUUUGUUUUCUCCCAGCGAGCCCUUGUACCUGCAUAUCUCAAAUGGAUGGCCCUGCCAUGGAGUGGUUCCGCUGCCUGUUACGAUGACUGUAAAUAUGGGAGCACAGUGCCUGGAGGCUAUACGAUUUGUACAUGUUCUUUUGUAUUUGAAUAUGAGUCUAAAUACCCCACUGCCCCCUCCCUUAUCCCCCCCUCCCCCUCCCCCCGUCCUCACUUCCUCUCUGUCUCCUCCACCAUGCCUCGGUCCUUUUUCUGUAGGGGGUAAAACAGGUGUGUUUGAGCUCAGUGUACAGUAUUUGUCCUCUUUGUCCCCAUGCUCCCGUGUCCCUUGGACUGUCCCUGCUGAGUGUGCUUUGUGCAGGAGGUGGGAACUAUUGAUGUCUCUCUGUACGUACCUGUGGAACACUUGUGACUCCUGUCAUUUGCCGCUGUAAAUAAACAUGUCCUGGUAGAA